AUGGGGAACAAGGACUUCCGCGACCAGCUGGGCAAGUUCCGCCUUGACUCCAUCAACACUCUCACCCCUUCAACAUGGCAGCAGCCGGUCUAUCACGAGCCGGUCGAGUCCUCGCCCUCGCGCAGCAAACGAGUGUCGACCGCCUGUGACUUUUGUCGCAAAAGGAAGAAGAAAUGCGACUUUCGAUAUCCAAAUUGCUCCGCCUGCACCCGAGCUGGAGUCCGAUGCACCAUCCCCCCACCGGGCCCCCAAGUCGCCAGCGCCUCCGUCCCCCGCGAUCAGCUCGAGAACCUCCAGAAACGAGUGCGAUGGUUAGAAGACAUUGUGCGCCGCAAAUCGGGCCUCUCUGUGGGUGAAUUACCCACGGGGACUGCGGUGGAUGGCGAUGGAGACCCAGACUGGUGGUAUCAAGUGCCCGCGAUGAUUGCGACCGGACAUCGUCCGACCUCAAUGCCCAGCCCGGCCGGCAGUGGUGGCUCCUCGACUGCAGGUCCGUCGGAGGCAUCGACCGCGGUGGGCACUGAACUACCGAAUGUCGGAGAAAUUUUUCGCGAUCAGCUGGAGCAUCGCCGACCGUCCAUUGCGCGACCUUCUGCCGCGCCACGGGUGAUGCGCCUGUCUUCGCUGGGGGAAGCCGAACGGAUCGCUGGACAAUACUUCGACAGUAUGGGCUAUCAAUACCCGUUCAUGUCUCGAUUGGAGUUCAUGGGGAACCUGCGACACAUCUAUACUGGCGGUAUUCCAUCCCCAGAAACACACAAUUCAUACCAUAUCGUGAUGGCCAUUUCGCUCUUGAUCGGAUCGGCAGACCCAACCCAGGCGGCCGAAUUCUACCAUGCCAGUCAGGAAACCCUCCCACUGGCAUUGCAGAAUGAAGACUUGCCGGCUGUUCGAGCACUAUUGGGGCUGGCCCUGUAUACCAUGUUUGCAACAGCAGGGCCUAGUAUUUGGCAUAUCCUGGGUACUACGAUGAGGUUAGCGACCAGUCUUGGUCUACACAAAGCACGAUCAUACCCCAGUAUUGCCGAGGAAGAAAUGUCCAAGCGCGCUUUUUGGAGUCUAUAUAAUUUGGAUCGCCUGAUUGCUAGCACUCUGGGCCGACCAUUAGGCAUUGCCGACGACGAUAUUAGCGUCGGUUUGUUGCGCGAACUGAAUGACGACGGGAUUGAGGCGCCUGGCGCGAGUGCGAUGACUAUUCCGUUGCAGGUGAUUCGCUUACGAAGGAUCUUUUCGCGUAUCUAUCAAUAUCUAUACAGCAGCCUGCCGCGUCCCUCGCUCCAAGAGGCCGCUGCCACGCUCGGUCGAUUCCGCCAGGAGGUCGACGACUGGCGCAUGGCUGCUCCAGUCUAUCCAUCGGCUCUCCUCUAUUCCACCUCGUAUUAUGAUUAUCUCUACUACACAACGUUACUUUUGAUGUAUCGUCCCAGUCCUCGGAACCCGACGCCUGAUGCUCUUAGCAUUGUUAGCUGCGGUGAUUCCAGUGUCCAGGUCAUUAGAUCCUAUUGGGACAGUUACUCCAUUGGCAAACUUAAGUGGAUUUGGUUGACGUUAAGUCAAGUCUAUUUUGCGGGCAUUACCAUCCUGUGGUGCCUCGAGCAGAACGCGCGCUCCUUGCGUGAGUCGCUGCCGGCAAUUUGGAACCCCGAUGAACAAACGAUGCGUCGUGGCAUUCAAGCGGUUGUUGUCCUUUUGGAAGAAUUUGGAAAGCGUCGACCCGGGGUGGACAAGCUGGCAGAGACAUUUCGACAUCAGAGCACGAUGAUAUUCAGCCAAAUGGCCUAUCAGCAACAGCAAUUAGAACAGCAGCAGCAACACCAUCCUCACAAUCAACCUCCUCCGCCGCCACCGGCACUUAUCCCGCCUCAGCCCUCUGUGUCUUUAGCUGCACCACCACCACCACCUCCGGUUCCGCUGGCUCCUGUCCUCGACGACGUCCUGCUUGUGGAUGGCAGCGGGGCCAUCCCAAUGAUUGACCCGCAAAUGGCAGACCAACUGUUUUACUCGUACAAUUGGUUCCAGGAGGAGAUGGCAUCUUACUAUACCCUUUGA